GUCGGUGUCUCGAGCUGGAACCCCAAAGCAGUUGCUUCAUGUUGGCAUUCUAAUUUCUAGAGCACGUAGAUGAGGGGUCUAGCCAAGCAAAUUGUCAGCAUGUGUGAAGAGUAAGGUAAUUUCUUCUGAUGUCGACUGGAGUUGCGAGAUUAUUGUGGUGCUGAAGAGAGCAACUAGCGCUAAACCCAAUAUGGUUAUAUCGAUGAACAUCACUCCUCUGCUGCAACUCUGCGACUCUACAAAACAGACUAAGGGGAGGGCAAUAUCGAAUACAUUGUACCAUCGUAUCAGAUAUAGGAAAAUCAACAACUCACAUGAGCACAGUGUGCAUUUCCAUUUCCAUUUCCACUUCCAUCCCUUCAUUGUAUACGGGACACUACAGGCUACCUACGGAAUACCCACGGUUCUGGUCUGCCAUAGACUGGCAUAAGAUUGAAACAUGUCAUCGUCUUUGCGCCUUCUUGGUUCGACUUUCCCUCGAUCCCAUGCGAUCCUCAGCAGCGGCUAUUUACCUCGAAUUCGUCCUCAGCGUUCCAUCCACCUAUCCAACAGGUUGCGGAGAUCGCAGGCGGAUAAAUCCGAGGAGGACGCAAACGGCGUCCCGUCGCUUUCGGGGGGUCAAAGGUUCACUUUCGAGGCCCUGGGCAUCACGGGAUGGGCGAAAUGGUCUAUCGUCGCGGUCCUUUCCAUUCUCGGAACGAUGGAGACGAUCUUUUAUGCCAAGUGGGCGUGGGGAUGGUGGAAUCAAGACGGGCGGCCGAAGCACGACGAGUAAGUGACUGGAGUGAUUUCUGGCCUCGUGAUGGAUUGGAGUUAAUGUCACCGGGGUUUAAAUGCAUUGGAAAGAGACAGAACUAUUAUAAUCGGCCUGGGGAGUCUC